AUGGCCGAGCAAGAUGAUAAGUCCCAAUAUGACGAUGAUAGUGCUUCUCUAAUGCGAACUCUCAUUGAAACUGUAUCGUCAGAAUCAACUACCGAAUCAAUUCCAUCUGAUCCCGCGGAAAUUGUCGAUAGUUUAUCAGAAGAUGUGUUGCAAAACGUUUUUAAAAACUAUGUAGACCUGCAGGUCCAUGAACAAUCCAUCAGUUCCAUUGACACAUAUGAAGAAGAGAUUACACCUAUUGUUCUUCAGUACGAAGAUGAUUCACAAGCAUUAUAUGAUGCUAAAUGCCAUGCACACCAUCAAUAUGAUUUGUUUAAGUUAGCUGAGUUCAUUCCGAACUUUGAUAUUGAUGAUAAGAUAUACGAUGCGAUUACUUUCCGUGAAUGUUUAAUCAUCAACAAGUUGGAAGGUGGUUUGGACAAGGAAGGUACGAUGGCAUUCACUACAAAUCCCGUCGGUGGUAUUUGUAUUGAUAUACAAAAAGCAGAGGGAAAACAACCACAAGUAAGACUCUUGGAAGAGUAUGAAGAAAAGCUGUUGAAAUUGUUAGAUGCUGAAGGGGUUAAUAUUCAUAUGACUACAGAAGCUAAUACACCACAAACGUCUGAAGAUAGUUUAAGUGUACAAAACGAGUAUGGUUAUUCUAAAUUUGUAGUUCAUACCAGCUCACAUUUGGAUGUUGAUGGUUCCAAUGGCGGAUCUUCAAUCACAUCAUGGGUUGAUAGAAAUUGUCAUACAAUUGAAGAACUACGAAAUGAACAGAAUAUAAACGAGAAAUCGUUAUACACCGCAAUGAAAAAGAACUAUUAUUAUGUAAAACACACUGCAUUCGCUAAUUCGGUAGAUGACAGAAAACUGUAUAGCAUGAAGAAAAUGCAGGGCUACGUUUCGGAGAAUGCUAACUUUGUUCUGAUGCGUUAUCUGGCUAUCAGGAGAUAUUUUGGUAAUUUUGAACUAUCCUGCUGUUACAUUAACGGUGACAUGUGUAGAAAUAUUUAUGAAUGUUUUGGUCCAGAAUCAGAUAUGUUCAAUAACAGAAGAAUCGAUUGUUGUCGCAUAAAGCGAAUAAUCAUUGAAGAAUGUGGAUUGGUGCACAAAAGUUUGACGGUUCUCACAUUACAUGGACUGAUAUUGAAACACGAAUGGGAUGAUUGUGAUUAUGUCUUCACAAUAAAUCCAAAACAAGUUAUAAAAGACUCAAAACCGAGUUGUUUGGAUGACUUAAAUCUGGAUGCGUGUUGGCUGGAAGAUUUGCAAAUACUUUCCAGUUAUUUAGACAUGAAAGAUAAAGCACUGUUGGAAGUUAAAACGUAUGAUGUUGAUCAUCCAGAGCUACGAAUCUUAAUGGCAGAUUACGUAAAUCAAAUAUUACUACUGAGACCUUCAGAUAUCAAAAAUUUCACGUAUAAAUUCUUUGGAAGUUUCGUAUCAGCGCGUAUUCCACGAAACGAUUACCUGGAAUAAACUCACACACAUUCAUCUUCAAUGAAUUACAAAACAUAUAAAAUAAAUUCUUAAUUUAUACUUGAAAUUGUAAAAAUUAAUCUGACUGUACAAUCACGUAUCAUGUUCAAUAUUCACACAUGGAAGAAAUGUUCGUCGAUAAUAAAAUAAUAACAUAAAUUCA